UAUAGUUAGUGUAUCAUGUUAAGAGAUGGAAAUGAGGUCGGGUCAUGAAAAGGUCAAGGCUAUAGCAGGGAACUGAUGCCAGUGUUAAAACCCGACCUUCAUAGAGCUGUUCAUUGAUGUAUCUGCCCAGAUAUUCAUCGGCAAGAGGCAGCAAUUGAGCUUUAAUGUGUGCAGCAACUGCUUGUAUAUCUAACAGCUUGUUUACCUAACUUAAAUAAAUGUGGUUACAGAAUUAACCACAAUUUGGUUAAUUUUUAUCAUUUGUUGUGGCGGGACAGGAAGCCAGUAUGUGGGCUAGUUGGGGGUCACCCAAGCCCAGCUACUGACCUUCACCAGAAUUCAUCCCACAGUAAUUGCCUAAUGUCCAGGUACCUAUUUUACUGAUGGGUAAAGAGAGGCAUCAGGUGAAGGGGAAAACCUUCUCAACUUGAAUUGCCUAGAGAUUGAGCUCGGGUCUGUUUGAAGCCCAGCACAUAGACCACUGUGGUUAGGAGACCCCACGAGCCUUUGGAUCAUUGUACUGUAUUUAUAUACACCUGAUGAAACAUUUUUUUCUGCCAUGAUGGUGAAUAUUCAGGACAUUUGUGAAAAUAUGAGGCUGGCACGUGAAAUGGCCCUGACCAGCCAGUACGAGACAGCAGCUGUGUAUUAUCAGGGUGUUGUACAGCAAAUCCAUCGCCUGCUUGCUACCAUCCAAGAACCCAACCGAAAAACAAAAUGGCAGCAGGUACAACAGCAAGUUGCAGCAGAGUAUGAGAACUUGAAGGAACUUAUGAACUGCAUAUCCUUAUUCAAAUCCGACAAUCCAUCAGCUCUCUCAGACAGACCUUUGGGCACUUCACUAAGAAUGUCAUCAUUUGAGGAGCCAACACGUGACCCAGAUGUGUGGGGUCCACCACCACCUCGUGAUCCUGAUGUCUGGCCACCACCAACUCCAGCAGAUCACAACAGCAUGGCGAACCAGCACCACAACACUCCAGCAGAUCCUUCACAGCAGCAGCCCCAUAGGAAGCAACGGACUGCCCAGGUGAAGCCAACGCGAGGCCCCAGGCGGCAGGACUCGAGCAAGAAUACAGCAUCUGGGCGUGCGAGUAAACCAGGGACUAAGAAGAGCACUGAAUCCAAGACCGGUCGAGGAAGAGAUGAUAAGUCAAGUGACCGUAAAGCAAAGAAAGAUGGAGACAAGAAGGAUGAUAAGGGAGAAAAAGCUGAGAGCCGUGCUGGAAAUGACGAUGAAGAUGAAAAGAAGUUUGAUCCUAGUGGAUACGACAGAGAUUUGGUCGAGAUGUUGGAGCGUGAUAUUGUACAGAAGAAUCCAAGUAUUCGUUGGAGUGAUAUUGCAGAUCUAACUGAAGCCAAAAGGCUCUUGGAAGAAGCUGUUGUCUUACCUAUGCUGAUGCCAGACUUCUUUAAGGGAAUUCGGAGACCCUGGAAGGGAGUGUUAAUGGUGGGGCCACCAGGCACAGGAAAGACUAUGCUUGCCAAGGCCGUAGCAACUGAGUGUGGUACAACAUUUUUCAAUGUCUCGUCGUCCACUCUCACUUCAAAAUACAGAGGUGAAUCGGAGAAGCUAGUUAGACUCUUAUUUGAAAUGGCUAGAUUCUAUGCUCCCAGCACAAUAUUUGUAGAUGAAAUAGAUUCCCUCUGUUCUCGAAGAGGGUCAGAAUCUGAACAUGAAGCCUCAAGAAGAGUCAAGUCUGAACUUCUCAUGCAGAUGGAUGGCAUCCAGUCAACAGAUGCUGAAGAACCAAAAGUAGUUAUGGUUUUAGCUGCUACCAACUUUCCUUGGGAUAUAGAUGAAGCUCUCAGAAGGCGCUUGGAGAAAAGAAUCUACAUACCUCUGCCCAAUGAGGAAGGAAGGGUGGCUCUGCUAACCAUCAACUUACGGGAGGUUAAACUAGAUGAAAGUGUUAACUUGGGUGAGAUUUCCUUGAUGCUGUGUGGGUAUUCAGGAGCGGACAUUACGAAUGUUUGCAGGGAUGCAUCCAUGAUGUCAAUGCGUCGAAAAAUAGCUGGACUUACUCCCGAUGAAAUCCGUGCUCUACCGAAGGAAGAGCUGGACCUGCCAGUCACUCAACGAGAUUUUCACGAAGCUAUCCAGAAGUGCAACAAGUCUGUCUCUGUGGAUGACUUGGAAAAGUAUGAGAAUUGGAUGCGAGAGUUUGGUGCUUCAUAGUGACAUUGAUAAUGUGGUUAGCUGCUCUCGGCAACAAUUUUUUUUUUUUAUUUUUUAUAAACAAUAUAGUGGUUAAUACUAAACCUUUGCAGAAAAACUUUCAAAGCUGGUAAAUUAUUUAUUCUUAUUAUCUAAUAGUUGUUCAUAACCUUUUCAAAAUACAUUAGUUUCAGUACAAAAUAUAUAAAUGUCUUGGUAUUAACUGAAUUAACAUGUAUAAAAUGUAUACCAUUAUGAUCUGUAGUUCGGUGUCUUUUGUUUUCGAAAAUUGCAUAAUGUUACUACACGCUCAUUCAACCUUGAAUUGAUGAUGUACAAUAAUAAACCCUUUCUGCAUAAUAUAUAUAUGACCCAUGUGUGGGUAUGGUAGUUGCUGAAGACAAGAAUAUAAAUUGUGUGUACUUUUACACUCCAUAUUAAUAAAAUAUAUUUUCUUUUUUGUAUAGUGUUUAUUGUAUAUAAUAUUGAAUACAAUAAAAGAUAUAACUGCCUUAUUCUGUGUGCAAAAAAAAAUUGACAUUUGCCGCCAUUAAAAUUUUGUAAGCUUUAAAAGAUGUCUAAGUAUCAGAUUUUAUGUAAAUGGUGCUUUUAGUGUAUAAAAUUGAUAUUAUAUAUCGGAAACAAUGGAAAUGCUGUAAGGGGCAAUUUGUACAUACAGUACUGUACUAAAUUCAUAAAUUGGUUGCAUUUUACUGAAUGGAGAUGACUUGUCUUGACCUUACUGCUUGAGGUCAAUGUAUUAUUGACACCAUCAAUAAUUUUGUGUAAGGCAAAUCUAGUCAUACUGGAAGUAUAAUUUCAUUCAUUCAUUUUAAUGUAGUCCAGAUAUAUUAGUAUGGAAUUGUCUAACUGUGCAACCAUAAAUGUGUUAACUUUGGCAACAAAGCUACCCAGAAAUGUGCCUUAAUGCUACUGUAUUGUUACCAUUUGUAAAUUUGCUUGAAGCCGAUGCCAAAUACUUAAUUAAAACUUGUCAAUUUUUUUUUUCAAUUAUCUAAUAAUUAUUAGAUUGGAAAAAUAUGUACAUGGUAUAGUACUGGAGCUCUUUUAAACUAAGUUUUAUUACCAUUACACAGUAUAUAUACACUAUAAACUUUGAUUUUCAAACAAAUUAACAUGGUACGGUACUAUUUAGCUAUCACAGAUACUUUCAUUAUUGGGUCCUCUAGUAUUCUCACAGCCCUUUGUUUGCUAUAAUUGAGACAAACAUCUUUUAUGUAUAAACACUUCUAUAUAUAGACAAACUUACACAUUGCUGCUGCUUGCAUCAUAAUAUAAAUCUGAUAACUACUACUAUUAUCAAAAACCCUACAGUCACUUAGUAAAAAUAACUGGCUGGAUCACUGGAGUGAUCUCAUGUCAUUAUAUUACCAGAUAUAUUCCCCACAAGAUCUAAUGUAAGUUGAGGUAUGUCUUAGCAAAGACAGUCCACAACAUUUUAAAUGAUCAGUGUGCCUCUGUUCCUUGAGCAUCUCUUAUAUAGCCUUCCCGGUUUGGUGCCUUCAUUUGAUAAUUACUUACUUGAGCAUCUCUUAUGCAAUUCACUCCUUGCCAUUAACUUUCUCCCUAAUCAUUUUCUCACAGCUCAAUAGAAUUAUCUAGUGUUGAGAAUGUUGCCAUCUCAAAGGGAGUUCAAAUCAUAUAUGUAAAAUACUCAAUAAUCCAUAUUGAUUCUGAUCCUGGUUUUGAAGUUAAAUUAUCUUUGUUUUUGCUAUUAUUUGAAGUCUUACUGUUAAAAAAUAGCAAAACACAUUGCGAGGAAAAUGUCACUACUAAUCUGCCACCAACACCAGUUGCACUAACACAUGUGAAAUCACCUUGAUUUAUUAGAACUUUUGAAAGUAAAGAGGUUUAGAUCUCUAAAGUGGUUGCUGACUGGGUCAGUAUGAGUCACAGCAUGACACUAGUGGGGUCAUGUGGAAAUUUUUAUUUAUAUAUAUACAGUACUGUUGUAUAUAUAUAUAUAUAGUGAAUUCGCACAAAGGGACUUGAAAAUUGAAAAGCUGCUCUAAAGGACGAGAGUUCGUAUAAUGGGGGCUCAUACUAGUCUCGUGUAUUUACAUUAUCAUUAUCCAGUGGUAUGGUGAAAGAUAUAAAUACUUAAAGAAUUUUCUUUAAUAUUUGUUACCCUAUCCACACUACACAACAUCAUGGAUCAAUGAGCACCACACUCCUGCACCCAUCUAUUAUACAUAAAUGUUCAUAAGGAAUUUUAUAUAAAAAUAUUAAAUUUAUUGAUUUUU